AAUUUUUCUAUCGAGGAUAGAAUAUUGAUAUUUUCUGAGUAAGAUGAAUAAAAUUAUGAUAUGUAGAAGAAUUCAAGAGAUUUUCGGCAAUGAAAGAAGAGAGAGAGAACUAUGAUUUUUUCAGCCUUGAAUCAAGACAUUUUAAAUACUUAAGAGAGGAACUAUAUAAAUAUGGUUAAAAAAAUCAACAAAGAUUGAUCAAUCAGCAAACUCAAUUAUUGCUCUAGUCUCAUUAUAAUCUCUCAUAAUGAAUAACCCUUUAGGUUUCUUUUCUCUUCUUUAAACCCUAAGUUUUUUGUUUGUGAAUUUUAAAUUAUAUUUUAAGCAUAGUUCUUCAUAAUUUGGAAUGAGGAAGCAAUUCAGUAGGUAUUAAACGGGUUUCCAAUAGAUAAGGAUUAUUGCUAGUAUAAUUUUUACAAUUAAUGGGUUUGCAAAGCUCAGAUGGAUAGCUUAUUACAUCUUGAAAUAAUGUGAAUUAAAUUUCCUACUAACAAAC